AUGGCUGAGUUGUCGGGUGGCAGCUCUUGCAUAUCCUUGAGCACCCGCAGCAUAGAGUUCGUUGCAGCUGCAGCAACAGAUGAGGGGCCCUCCUUAAAAACUGCCUCUGCUGCAGAGAAGACCCCCAGCGUUGAGCUGCCUCCUUCAGCUCCCCCAAAUCAAAUCCUCUGCGAUGCUGCAGACGUGCCUCUCCCCUACUGGCGAAAAUGUCGAGGGGUGGGUUUGGGGCUUUUAAAUCCCCACACCCUCUGUUUUGUCAACUCUGUCGUCCAAGCCUUAGCGUAUACACCUGGAUUUGCUGAUGAUUGCUUAGAGGAGCGUCACAGGCUCUCUUGCUGCAGCAGGCUGCGUGCUGCAGCACGGAGGAAGGAAGCUGCAGCAGCAGCAGCAGCAGCAUCGACAACAGCAGCAGCAGCAGCAGGGGGGAGGAGGGUGAACCUGCCGGAGGUGUCGUCGACAUUUUGCGUUUUCUGCAAACUGGAACAGCAGGUGCUGUCUAUACACCGAGCAGAUGGGGGGCCCCAGCGUUCGGCAGCUAAGUGCCCCUCUGGGGGGCCCCCAAGAGGAUGGGUACAUAACAACUUUGCCAGUUAUAUAAAACCUUUUAUUUGGAAGGCUUUCCGUCCUGGUAGACAAGAAGAUGCGCAUGAGUUCUUUCGUUAUCUAAUAGACGCCUUAAUGAAAGCCCCCGCUACCCCCGCUGCUGCUGCACUGCAGCAGCAGCAGCAGCAGCAGCAGGAGGGAAGGAAGGAGGUUAAGCCUGAAGUAGCUCUAACAAGUUACUUUGGCCGUCUCUUUGGCUGCUGGCUACGCUCCUCUGUUGUAUGCUCUCAGUGCAGCAGGGCAUCUGUGCGCUUUGAAGGUGCAGUUGAUAUCUCUAUAGAUAUCGGGGGGGGGCCCUCGCCCCCCCCCGGCAGAUCUGGUGCUUCUGCUGCAGCGCAGCAAAAUGUCUACAGCAUUGAAAAAGCCCUUAGCCGAUUUGUUGCCAAGGAAACUCUUAGUGGCAGCAACGCUUACAUGUGCAGCCAUUGCCAACAGAAGGUGAAGGCGACAAAGCAGUUAGAGUUGUUUACUCUUCCUCGUGUAUUAACGCUUUCUUUAAAGCGUUUCUCCUUGACUGUUUGUGGCGGCUGUGCGCUGCCCAUUAAGAAUCACCGUCCUGUGUCCUUUCCUGCUCUUCUUAAUCUCCUUCCCUUCCUCCCCCAAGACGCCCUGCAGCUGCAGCAGCGCCUGCUUCAGCAGCAGAUCGAACACCAGUUACAGGAACUGGAACACAACCAGAUGCUUGUGCAGCAGCAGCAACCACAGCAACAACAGAAAUCCUUGAAGAAACAGCAACCUGCAAUGGACAAAAAAGCUUCCCCUGCUGCUUCUACUACUGCAUCGUCGCCCUGCUCCUCCCCUGCGCACUCUCCUAGCCCGUCCCUCCCCUCCCGUAGGCUUGCUACUGCAGCAACAGCAGCAGCAGUAGCAGCAGCGGCUGGCGCUGCAACCAGUGAAGGUGUCACAGGCAGCAGCACCGCCAGCGAUUCUCAUCCUUCCUCAUCACGAUCUGCAACUUCGGCACCAGCAGAAGCGGCAGCAACAGCAACAGCAGCAAGUGUGGUUUCUCCCUCCUACAUGUACCGUUUGUUCGCUGUCAUUACACAUUCUGGAGGGUCGCUUUCUUCAGGGCAUUACCGUGUCUUUGUUAGGGCACCCACAGUGGGGACAACCGCAAGAGCAGCAGGAGGAGCAGAAGGGGGAGGGGGCAGAGGCGACUGGAUUGCCAUAGACGAUGAGCUUGUGUCUCUUGUCAGUGAGACAGCAGUGCUGCACAGGCUCCAGCAAGAGGCCUAUCUCCUCUUUUACUCUAAAGUACCGUCGCAGGCAGAGCAGCAACUGCAGCAGCUGCUGCAGCAAAACAAAACCCUCAAGCAGCAACUGCAUCAACAGACGCGGCAGCUGCCGAUUCCAGCAGUACAAGAUUCAGAUGAUGAAAGUAGCCUCAGCCCUCCAGAGGACACUGCUGAGCUUAGCACCAGUGAGGAUGAGUGGAGCGAUGAUAGCAGCAGCAGCAGCACUAGCACACGCAACAGCACGAGCAGCAGCAACAACAACAUGCAUGCUGUGCUGCCGAAGCUGCGGCACCUGGACAGAUUACGACGUACAAUGCAGAUCACUUCUUCGCGAAGACGACGAGUUCUUUUGGCUCUGCGGUGUCGGUUUCUUAUUUUUUCCAUUCAAAGAGCUAGAAAGGGAAAAAGAAGCAUUAGAGCAAACACCAAUCUGAAGCAGCAGCAACAACAGCAGAAACAGGAGCAGCAGCAGCGCCAGCAGCAGCGCCUCCAGCAAACACAGCAGCUGCUACAACAGGAGCCGAAGCAGAGGAGGUCCAUUGGUGUUGUAACAGAAGCAAUGAUGAAGAAACGGAAGGAGGAGGCAUCAAGUAGAAAAACGCAAUUUGGCUGCAGCGCAGCACCUACCUGGGACGAGGAGGAGGGGAACGACGUCCCCUCUGGUGCUGAAGCAGCAGCAGCAGCAGCAGCAGAACAGCAGAUGUUUGAAAGGCUGCAGAAACAGCAGCAGCCGCUGCCGCAGAAACGCAGCAGACACGACAGAGAAUAUGAUUUAGGCCGCGUCACCAAAGUGAAGAAUCCUCUAAGUCAUAAACCCGUCGGUGAGAGUACUGUCGUGAAAACGCAAAAGGAUGGCGCAGGCGGUUCUUUCCUGGUGCAUCAGCGGGCAGCCUUUGAUAUGCUGCAGCAGCAGAAGCAGAACGGCAGCUCGCGUUCCUCUCAAGGAUAUACGAACAAAAAAGGAAAUGACAGGAAAACCCCGCAGAAGAACAAGCGCAUGCAGAAAACGGGGUGGAGGAGGAAUGGUCAUCAUUGA